AUGUGCUCUUCUCAGGGUGUAUUGACGUUCAUGGAUGUGGCUAUAGAGUUCUCUAAGGAGGAGUGGGAAUGUCUGGAUUCUGCCCAGAGGGCUUUGUACAGAGAUGUCAUGUUGGAGAAUUACAACAACCUGGUUUCUGUGGGUGUUGCUGUUUCAAAACAAGAGGUAAUUAUCUGUCUUGAAAAAAACAAAGAACCAUGGAUUGUUGCUAGAGAGGAGACAGAAGUAAGAGAACCAGCAUUGUCUUGUGAUCAUACCAAGAAGCUAUUGCCAAAGGAAUGUACACAAGUUUAUUUUCAGAAACAAAUACAGAGCCUUGGACUCAGUGGUCUUUUGGACCCAUAUAGAAAGAAGGUCUGGGAAUAUAGAGGUGGCAGUGAGGAGCUUGAAAUAUGUGAUUAUGAAAAUUAUCUGCUGGCAUUUUUACAGUUGAAGGCUUCUCUAGGAAAUAUUAUACAACAAGUUUUGAAAUGGAACUCAGUCCUACAGAGAAAUACAGAAACAUUAAACAGUGACAUUUGGGCAAAUAAACCCACUUCCACAAAAUAUGUAUCAAGUAGUAUGGUAUUAGACAGUACUUCAAAGCUUUAUGAACAAGGGAGAUUUUGGAGAAAAGAAAAAAUUACUGAAUAUCAUCAAUGUGAAAGAUAUUUCUCUAAACAUUUAUUACAGCCUCUUCAACAGUUAAAUCUAUUUACUGACAAGUUCUGCUAUUUAGAUCAACAUAAGAAAAUGCCCAUGUAUGCAGUGAAACUUGGAACAUAUCAUGUGGGAGGUCCUUGUGGAAACUCAAACAGAUUAACUAAUACUAACAUAGUCUGUAUUAAGGGCCCUCUUCUGAAAUAUUACCAAAACAGUCAACAUGGAGGAAUUUUAUACCAAUGCAAUAUAAUAUUAUAUGAUUUUCUUCAUGAAUCAUUUCCAGGCAAAAAUGGGAUGAGUAAAUGUAUUCCAGAAAAUCUUUAUAACCAUGUUAGUAGACAGGCCAUCUCUAAUCACUGUUCUCAGUUGUCUUUGCAAGAGCAGGACCAUCCAACAGAGAAACUUCAUACAAAUAACUCGAAGGAUGACCUUUUAAAUAAAUCCUUAAUUCUUCAGGUUUGUAAUGGAACAUGGACUAAAGGAGAUGCCAAUGGAUACACAUGUGAUACCUACAGGAAUGCCUUAAUUGAAUCAUCAUACUUAGAGAGAAAGAAUAUGAAACAUAUUAUAAAGCAACAUUUCCAGACCCCAGGAUAUGAUAAGGCCUUGAAUUUCAAUUCAAAUAUCAUUCAAUAUAAUUCAAGGCAUAAUAGAGAAAGAACUCAGAAAGCCAAAGUUCCUAUGUAUGGUUAUUCCAAUGUUUCAAAUCUCUUGGCACAUUCAAAUUUAUCGGAAGAAGAAAAACACUCAAAAUUUGACACACUAGAGAAAUAUUGCAGUAAACCCCCAGGCCUAAUGAUAUUUCAAACUAGGGGGAAAUCAUGGAAAUGUGUGCAAUGUGGCAAGUUCUUUGCUCAGCAUUCAGUUCUUCAAAGCCCUCAUGGAAUUUGUACUCUAAAGAAACCUUAUAGUUGUGAGGAAUGUUGGAAAUCAUGUACUUGGUCAUCAAAACUUCAAGUUCACCACAGAAUACACACUAAACAGGAGCUUCAUAAAUCUAAUAAGUGUGGGAAAUCAUUUACCAAGUCAUCAACUCCUCUAGCUCAACAAAGGAUCCAUACAGUGGACAAACCUUACAAAUGUAAUGAAUGUGGUAAACAUUUUACCUCUUCUUCAAAUCUUCACAUGCAUAAGAGAAUCCACACAGGAGACAAACCUUACAAAUGUGAUAACUGUGGUAAGAGCUUUAUACAGUCCUCACAUCUUAAAAAUCACUACAGAGUCCACACAGGAGACAAACCUUACAAGUGUGAUGAAUGUGGGAAAUCUUUUACCCAGUCCUCAAGUCUAAAAAGUCACUACAGAAUCCAUACUGGAGAGAAACCUUACAAAUGUAAUGAAUGUGAGAAAUCCUUUACCCGUUCCUCAAGUCUUAAAGUUCACCACAGAAUCCAUACAGGAGACAAACCUUACAAAUGUAAUGAAUGUGGGAAAUCUUUUACCCAGUCUUCAAAUCUUAAAAGGCAUUACAGAAUCCACAGUGGAAACAAACCUUACAAGUGUAAUGAAUGUGGGAAAUCCUUUACCCAUUCCUCAAAUCUUAAAGUUCACCACAGAAUCCAUACAGGAGACAAACCUUACAAAUGUAGUAAGUGUGAAAAAAGCUUUAUACAGUCCUCACAUCUUAAAAAACACUACAGCAUCCACACAGGAGCCAAGCCUUUAAAAUGUAAUGAAUGUGGGAAAUCUUUUACCCAUUCUUCAUACCUUCAGGUUCAUCACAGAAUCCACACAGGGGACAAACCUUACUAG